AGACCACUGAGUACGAUUCGAUAGGAAUACGCAGACAAGGCGGUGUUUCGCGAUGUGCCUUUGCAGAUACAUUGUUCUGUCUGUGGUCGUGUUUUGUUUGAAAUGCUGCAAUGGAAGUGGUCCAAAUGCAGGAGCUAUAAACGUCGGUUCAAGACAAUUGCUCAGUAGUCGUAGGAACUGGGGAUGGGGUUCCUAUUCCAACGCGGAAGCCAUCUUAGGGCUGGCCCUGGCGAAUGAUACGUGGUACAGAAUGGAGGACCCCGAUUCCGUGGCCAGUGUUCAAACUAUGCACAUAGAAUUGUUAGCAGCAUUAUCACGGAGCAACAUGCUGGAAAGCUCCAAAUGGUCCAACGGAAAACUCUCACAAUACAUUAGUGCGGUACAAAUUACCUGUAACAAUGUCAACGACUUCUACGGACAUAAUCUCGUCUACAUUCUUAGUAGACAUAUGCUCCAGAACAGGGAUUACUUUAUGCGCCAAAAAUUUGCUCUCUCUUGGGGUGUUUUGGCAUUAUGUAACGCAAACGAACAUAUCGAUGAGACUUUUAAGAAACUUCUUGGAAAGCCGUCAACAAAUUUCACUUUUGGUGUUGGUGAGGCUGCUAUGACAUUGAUGGCACUGACCUGUAUCAAAGAUAUGACAGGGCAACGAUCGGCUGAAGACUUUAUUGUUCGACAGCUCAGGUCUGGGAUCAGACUAGAGGAAUACACAUCUGGUUUGGCGAUUCAGGCCCUGAGGGCUGCAGGUACAAGGAAUGUAGAUGACCUGCUCAAUACCAUCACCGCAGAUCUAAGGCAAUCAACAAUGUAA